AUGGCGAAUAUGCUACAUUCGAUGUGCUGCGGUGACAAGAGGGCAGUCGUGAUCGGCGACUAUCCCGGCAUAUUAGCACAGGCGCUGCUGGCAAGGGGGUUUUCGGUAUUCGGAGUCGACCCGGCAAAUGAUACGACUACGGUACCGGCACAACAUGGACGUGGGCAGUACGUAAUGCAUCAGGGGGCGGUUAAUGUGGAAGGAGUGGAUGUGGUCCUAUCAAGACUGGGCGUUGUUAUGGCGGACAUCGGCCUGAACCAGUAUAAUUACCGCGGCCAUAUCGUACCCUUCGUGCAAAACCUGGCGCAUGCCUACGAGAUUCUUCUUCUGAUACGCGAGGAUCUCCAGGCCAACCUUCUUCUCCAGAAGCAGUCGGAGAACACCCCAGCUUCAGGGGUCGGUUUUGCCAGCACUUUCAUAGAAGCCAUUUUGCGGUCCAGUAAUGGCGGGUCUAGUCAACAACUGUCUUAA